AUGAUCGAUAUUGGUGAUCGUCGUCGGGAUAGCCCUUCCCUCCUGGGUAGAUUCGCUUCUCGUUUUGGACGGCAUAGAGUGGAUGAGCUUGAUAUGGCCAGGCAACAGGAGCGUGAGCAAGACCAACGCGGGCCCUAA